UUGGGAUUAUGCAGCAGCGCUUUCAACCGUUGUAAAGAAAAUUAAUAAAGCCUAGGAAAAGGUCUGUUAGAUAACAAGGAAGAUGGCAAUGAGAAACCUAUUAUCAUCAACACCAUGGAUAACAAUAAACAACAACAACAAAACCGAGAGGAAAAUAAGGCGUCAACGUGGUUUAUUACUAGCUAUUCAAUUAAUGAACUUCUCAUCAUUCUCAUUAUCAAUAUCAUCUUUCUUGUCUCUCUCAUUGCUCUCUUUUCUGUCUCUCCCUCUCUCUCUCUCUCUCUAUUUUAGGUAAUGAAAGUCAACCGGUUAAUUCAACUACAUCAUGAAACAAGAUUAACAUCAACAGUGACCUUCGCUAAACUUGAUCAUCAUCUUAGUCAAUCUGCAUUUGCCCUCUCACGUGUUUGGGUCAACCAGCAACCUUGAUAUCAGUUGGUAAUGACGAUUAGUUAAUCGGCAACUAUUGAUGAGAGAGGCCAAUCAACACUUAUACCAUAGUUACUCUCUCCUUCUGUCUAUUUCUCUGUUUCUCUCUUUUGUCUUUCCUCUCUUUCAAUGUGUUCAUGUGAAUUUAUCAGCUCAUCACAACUCUACAUCAGGCAAACGGUAAAUACAUCAAGUGAGAACAGAGCAACAAACCAAAACAAUGUUCCCUUUAGACUACAGUUUAAUCAUCAAGAUGGAUCAAUCACUAUUAAUUACUGAUUUUUAUAUUUCAUCGUCCUGUGAUUUCCCAUUAAUAACUUUAGUGAAUUCAAUCAAACAACUCAUGUAAAUACAUCAAAGUUUAACUGUCAGUGAUAUGGAACAAGUUUAUGUCAUCAAAUUGAAAGAGUUACCCCAACCACCAGCCUCGACAACAAGUACAACAACAAUUGACGGGACAACAAUCAAUGGAAUUAAAGUCAACUCGCCAUUUGAAGGAAAAGACCUCAACCGUCAAUCUUUAUUUGGUCUUUCUAUUUUCCAACUAAUUCUUGGCCUGUUGUCAAUAAUUUUUUCAUUGGUUGGUGCAACUAGAGAUUGGACACAUUCAUUUGGUGUUUUCUCAGGAUUAGUCUACAUUGUAACCUCUGCAGCAGGUAUAUUAGCCUCAGAAGGACCAGUUUCAUAUAUAGAACCUUCAGCAUCUACGUCUUUUUCAUGGGUCAGCUUCUCUAGAUCAUCAUCUUUCAUAUGGAUCACCUUGGGUGGACAAUUUAUCACUUUAAUCAUCUCGACACUUUUCACUUGGUUAACUAUGUUUGGUGUUAUCUGUUCAUUUAAUACGACAAUCAACCUUCAAACAUCUUUAAUUACUGCCAACGGUCUUCAAUUCAUAUUGUCGUUGUUCUCCUCUUUUAUACUUUGUCGUAUCCUCAAUCCAGACUUUUUAACGGAGUAUCUUCCAAGCUGGCCAGACAAACCCAAAGUUUCUUCCAAAAUCAUUGUCAAAACCUCAAUCUACCCAGGAGUAUUAAAGAGUGACAAUUUUUCUCGUCUUCUAGGCCCUAAUUGUAUUGUUUCAUUGGUGCCUCCAAAUAAUAACAAUUUAAACCGGCAAGCGGCUAUUGGUGGCAUGCAACCAAUUCAAGUACAUGAUCAAGCUACAGAAACUGAGCCUGACAGUCUAUUAGAUGAAAUGAAUAUGCUUUCAUCGACUCCGAAAUAUUUUUCAAAAUCAACAUCAUCCAUAUCAUCAGUUUCAACAGCUUCAAUUUCAGCUGAACGUUUUUCUCCUGAAAUAGACAUAGAAAUUUUGCCAACUUCUGAGUUUGAAGCCACUGUCGAGACAGCUAUUGAACAAAAAGUCGAGCCUGAUGUUGAACCUGAUCUUAAAAUUGUGCCUUCACCAGAAGCUGAAAUAGAUUCCGGAUCAGAAAAAAUAAUCUCGAGUUCGUCACCAUCUACAGAAUCAGAUUCAGAGCAAGACUCAUAUUCAAAUGCAGAUUUAAAUGAGCACUUGAAAUGCCAAUCAUUACGAUCAAAUAAUCUUCAUCAUACAAUCGCAGCAACAGCCACAACCGCAAUCCAUUGAUCUGGAUGGAGACACACAGAGUGAUGAUCCAUUGGCCAGACCUAAGUGACAAACCAAAUGUUGAAUUUUAAACAUAAUCAAAUUAGCAUACAAAAUAGACUAACCCUGAAAAUGUUGGAUAUUUUACUUGAACAAGAGCAAAGUAACGGAUCUCUAAUCAUUUGACAAUGAAAAUCCAAGUGACAAUGAUUAUGGAUGAAUUGUGGUUAAUUUGAAAUUGCCGAUUCAUGGAAAGCCUUGAGAGUGAUGAAAAUUAAUGUAAUCAUGGUUAGUUCCUAAGUGAGAAAACAAACUUUAAUAACAUGAAUUGUACAUAAUUUUACGGUUGCGUCUCAAGAUCGACAUUUCGUUGUUUACUGAAAGUACCAAAAAAUAUGGGUGGUAAUUAAGGAAAAAUUCAUAUCAACAUGGUCACCAUCAAAUCAUUACUUAAUGUUGUUCAACUUAAGCUCCUCAAAACUCUUUGAUUAUUCAACAAGCUGUUAAUUUUAUUUAAGAAACUCAUCCAACAUCAUCCAGAUUCAUCCUGUUAAACAGAAAACGUUAUAUUUCCAUAUCUUCUCAUAUUAUUUACAUAUUCAUUUGUAAUUUGUAUAUCUGUGAUCAAAAUUUGAAACUUCAUCUUUAAAUAAGUUCCAUCGGCUAUUAUUAUUGACAAUUUUACAUGCAAAUUAAAGAUACAAAUGCACAAAUUAAGUGACCAUCUAAGUGUUUUUAAAUAUGCCAGUUAAUUUAUUCAACUAUCAUUUCAAAUUGUAACCUUGUCUAAAUGAUUAUCUCUCGUAGUCAAUUAGAUUCACCUGAUGUCUAGUUGUAAAUUGUCGUAAAUUGCAUCCAUUAAAGUCAUGUAAUAAAUCAUUUAUUACUCAAACAA